AUGGACCCGGCGCCCGGCGCCAUCCCCGCGGCCGUCGCCGUCCCCGCGGGGCCCGGCAGCGCCUUCGCCGCGCAGGCGCGCGAGAGCCGCCAGCACGGCUACCUGCUCUGCCCCCGGCAGAUCGGCGCCGGCGCCUUCUCCCGCGUCUACCUGGGCCAGGCCACGGCCCAGAAGCUGCGGCAGAACCCGCGGCUGGCGGCCGACCUCCGCGCCAAGCGGCACCGCCUGGUCGCCAUCAAGGUCGUCUCCACUGCCGCGGCCCCCGCCGGCUACGCCCAGAAGUUCUUGCCCCGGGAGAUCGCCUCCCUCAAUGCCACCUACAAGCAUGUCAACGUGGUCCAGCUCUACGAGACGUACCGGGGCCACCAGCGCACCUACCUGGUGCUGGAGCUGGCACCCGGUGGGGACCUCCUGGAGCACGUCAACGCUGCCUCCCGCGGCCGCCGCCACCCCGGCCUGGAGGAGGAGGAGGCGCGGCGGCUCUUCCGCCAGAUCGUGGGCGCCGUCGCCCACUGCCACUGUGUCGGUGUUGUGCACAGGGACCUCAAGUGCGAGAACAUCCUGCUGGACGAACGUGGCUUCGUCAAGCUCACGGACUUCGGGUUCGCCAGCUGCUGCUCCCCAAGGAGCGGCCUCAUGAGCACCUUCUGCGGGUCCGUGGCCUACACGGCCCCCGAAAUCCUCCUGAGCAAGAAGUACAACGGGGAGCUGGCCGACCUGUGGAGCCUCGGCGUCAUCCUGUACGCCAUGGUGGCCGGCCGGCUGCCCUUCCGCGAGCGGCAGCCCCACGAGAUGGUCCACAUGAUGAAGCGGGGUCCCUCCUUCCAGCCGGCCGUUUCCGCAGAGUGCCGGGACCUCAUCCGGGGGCUGCUGCAGCUGCGGCCGGGGGCCCGGCUGGGCCUGCAGCAGGUGGCCGCACACAGCUGGAUGCUGCCCAGCACCGUGGCGUUCAUCAGCCAGGCGAGGAGCGCAGGGCAGCUGCCGGGGCUCGGCGCCGCUCCCUGCUCGCCGCGCCGUCCGGCCCGGCCCCGGAGCACGGCGCCGGGCCCGCCUGCACGCGCUGCCCCGCCGCCCGCCGCAGGCCAGAGCCGGAGCUCCCCGUCGGCGCUGCCGGGCCCGCGGAGCUCACCCGCACCCGCCGAGGGAGCCGCGCGGGGCCCCCGGGUGCCGCCGGGUGGCCACGCCGUCCCUCCACCCCGGCCCACCGGCCGGCCAGCCCCGCGCAGACGCCUCUUCCGGCUGCUGUCCGCGCGCCCGGACAAGCGGCCGGCCUGGCUCGCCCCGCGCCGGCCCGGCCUGCUCUCCGGCCUCUGCCUCUUCCAGCCCAGCAAGCCGCCCGCAUCCGCCAGCGGGUCUGGACAGCGCCGCGGCGAGGGCAAGGGGGCCGCGGCGGCUGCGCCCUGUGGCGGCGCCUCCUCCGGCCCCACCGUCUCCCUCUGGGCCUUGUCCGCGAGGCGGAAGCCCCCACCGGCCCCCGCCGUGAAUUAG